GUGCAAAUAAAAAGAAAACAGAAAAAGAAGAAAGGCUAACCUGAUAUGGAUUUGGGAAAGAGAUUACUCCACACACAAAGGGAAAAAUAAGCUGGUGGUAGUUCCGGAAACGAUGCCUGUCUGCUACAAUAUAAUGAACAUUUCCUGUGUGGAAGGCAAGCAGUCCAGUGAUGUCCGUGCAUCCCUGUACAGCUUAAUGGUGCUCAUCAUUCUGACCACCCUGGCAGGCAAUCUGCUAGUGAUUAUUUCCAUCUCACACUUCAAGCAGCUUCACACCCCCACUAACUGGCUCAUUCAUUCCUUGGCCAUUGUGGACUUCCUGCUGGGGUGCCUGGCCAUGCCUUACAGCAUGGUGAGAUCUGUGGAGCACUGUUGGUAUUUUGGAGAGAUCUUCUGCAAAAUCCAUACCAGUGCUGAUAUUAUGCUGAGCUCAGCCUCCAUUUUCCACUUGUCCUUCAUUUCCAUUGACCGUUACUAUGCUGUGUGUGACCCACUGAGAUACAAAACCAGGAUGAGCAUCUUGGUCACUUUUGUGAUGAUCUUCGUUAGUUGGAGUGUCCCUGCUGUUUUUGCAUUUGGAAUGAUCUUUAUGGAGCUAAACUUCAAAGGAACAGAAGAUGUGUAUUAUGAACACAUUCACUGUAGAGGGGGCUGUGUUGUGUUCUUUAGCAAAAUAACGGGAGUAGUGGCCUUUAUGAUUUCUUUCUGUAUACCUGGUUCUGUUAUGUUGUGUGUCUAUUGUAGAAUAUAUUUCAUAGCUAAAGAGCAGGCACGAUCAAUUAAAGUUGCAAGUCAGACACUUCAAACUGGAUUUGAAGUGAAAAGUGGAAUUUUACAAAGCGCAGAAUGGAAAGCUGAGACAACGUUAGGAAUCGUGCUGGGAGUUUUCUUCGUGUGCUGGUGCCCUUUCUUUGUCUGCAUGGUCCUGGGUCCUUUCCUGGGCUAUACUAUUCCACAGACUUUGAGUGAAGCACUGAUCUGGUUUGGCUACUUGAACUCUACUUUUAAUCCAAUGAUUUACGCGUUUUUCUAUCCACAGUUCAGAAAAGCAUUGAAGAUCAUUUUAUUUGGUAAAAUUUUCCAAAGAGAUUCAUCCAGAUGUACAGUAUUUUUUGACUCAAAUCUGUAAAAUUUUUAUAUUUUACUGAUUUGCCAAACAUUCAAUGAUCAUUUUUGUGAACAUAAUGUAACCAACCACACGGGUCUUACACCAGCAAUUUGUUUUAAAGUACCUAGGGGGAGUUAAAUUCUGAUGCUUCUUUCUCAUCUCCUUUUUGGGAAAAGGUAGUUGUGAUGUAUGUCAUUUUUCAUGUGCACACCGAAGCUUUGCAAAUUCAUCAUUUAAGGACCUACAUUUUAAAGAAUAUUUGCUGCCUUUGGUUGGAGUCUUACAAGCUGACUGCAGUCUGGACUCUGCUCUUCAUGAAGGCUGUGUGUAGGGAUGAUGUAAUUUAGAAUGGUUUUGUUAUAUAUGUGCUUAUGAUUGUCAUAUGGUAGAGUUGUUCCUCCAAAUCUAUAGGUUCUGCUCCUGUGGACUCAGCAAUCUCAGAUAAAAAAGUUGUAAAUAAAAAUUUACAUCUGUACAGGGCCUACACAGUAAAGACUCUUCCUUGUCACUAUCCUCUGAAAAGUUCAGCAUAAUGACUUAUGCAGCAUCUACACCGUAUUGGGCAUCAUACGUAGUCCAGAGAGUCUCAAAGUGUAUGAGAAGAUGAGCGCAGGUUAUAUGCAAAUACUUGCUAUCUUGUAGAAGGAACUUAGAUCGAUGGGUUUGGGUGUCUGUUGGGGGUUCUGGGACCUAUCCCCCAAAGACACUGAGGGAAACUGUGUGUUUAUCUUUUCAUAUACUUAAGUGAAAUUAUUGCUAUUACUAAUUGUGUACACAUUUGUUAUUUAUGUACUUAUUAAUAUAUAUUCCAAUCCCUAAACAUCUUGUUCUUCAUCUUUAUAAAAUACAUUCUUUUCUGGUUCUCAUGCUUGUGAAUAAUUCUAAAAAUAAACAACAAACUACAAAAAUAAGAUAUCCAAACCACGCCUUCCAGUGAGCCAGGGCCAGCUGUGGGGAAUGGGAAGAGAAUCAAGAAGCCAAACCGCACCUUCCUGUGAGCCAGCCAGUGCGCUGCCAGAAGACAAGACAAAUCACCCCUCUACCUGCCCACCCCCACCCCCCCCCCCCGUAAGCAACUGGUUGAUCUGGAGAAACUCAAGGUAUGAUGAUAGCAACUGAGGUGAAAGGAAUAGCUUGAUGCUUGUGUUUGCAGGCCUGGGGCUGGGGGUCUGGGCAUCUAUUUGGAGGAUGACAGUGUACAAUGUGGCAUCUAUGGAGGAUUUCCUUCCAUCCUCGUUUUGAAAUCUAAUGUUUUGUUCCAUUUUACUGUUUUUAUUUUAUUCCUGUAUCUGGUAACCUGAGCAACUAUUUUGAGGGUAACAAUAUGCAAUAUAACAAACAUUGUUAAAUUACUAACAUCUUGUUUUAAAAAUGUAUGUAACUUUUUUGUUGUGGUUGUUUUGCUUUUGUUGUUGCCAUGUUGUUAGUUUGUUUGUUUCUUGAUUUGUCUGUUUUUUUCUCUUUAAAUUAAAAAAAGUAAGAUA